GGUGAAUUGGAUGCUCGGUAUCGGCCUGUUUCACCUGGACCGCACAUACCAUUACCGGCUAUCGCAAGCCAUCGCUCACCUGCCCCAUGCUCUGAGGCAUUUCUGGCUGGACACCAAAGCUCCGCGGGUCAAUGCAACAAACGUGCUUGUGGGGAACCAUGAGACCCCUCGUCACCACGACCACUGGGAUAUUCCUGAUGGAUGGGCCCCUAUGAGCUGUUUUGGAAAGUUUGGAGUGGAUCAGGGCCUGUUCUGCCUUCCAGAUCUGGGCAUCAUGCUGCCUUACCAACCUGGCGAUGUCUUGUACAUCCGAAGCCAGGCCUUAGAGCACUUUGUGUCCCCGUGGGGAAAAGAGCCUACGGACAGGCGAUACGACUUCCUACAGUUCACUCACCAGAAAGUCCUCGAGCUUGGACUAGGGGAUUUCAGAAGAAGCAUGGGAGGGAGUUGACAUUGGAGCUGGCGAGGGAGAUGGUGGAGAAGACCAUGCCCUCCGUGAUCGCCGACAUGAAGCCUGAGAUGCGCCCGGCUGUUUGGGGAAGCCCUCUACCCGUGUGCGGGACUUGGAACCACCUUUGGGUUUGUGGAUCCGGUGAGGAGGCGGAGGACUUGAAACUCCCAAAGAAGAAAAAGGCGAAGCAUAGGAAGCAGGAGGUAAAAGACGAGGACGUGAAGGAGGAGAUGAAUUGGGAUUGCGGAUCGGAUGAGGAGGCAGAGGACUUGAAACUCCCAAAGAAGAAAAAGGCGAAGCAUGUGAAGCAGGAGGUAAAAGAGGAGGACGUGAAGGAGGAGAUGAAUAUAAAGAUGGAGGCAUAGGAUGAGAAAGGAAAGGGGAAAAAGGAAGAUUGACCUUAAGAAUGAGGAUUGAAUAAACACUACGGGGAUUCACUACGCUACGCCUUUACGCCGAAG